UCGCUGGGAGAAGGCUCAGUGACUACCCAAAGCUACCGCAGACGCGACUAGCACUCGCGGGGACACCACGCGGUUUCCUUUAAGAGGCAGCGCUGCCCGCCACCCCCGAGGGUGCGAGGCCCGAGGCGGCCCGCGGGGCCGGAGGGUGGGCGUGCGCUGGCAGCGGCCGCGGAGGAGGGGCGAGGGAGGCGCGGGGCUCGCGCUCUCCCCGGGCGCCCGGGUAGUGGCGGCGGCGGGCAUGGCAGAGACCGGGCGGGGGCCGGCGGCGGGGCCGCAGCUCAACGCGCUGCCCGACCACUCGCCGCUGCUGCAGCCGGGCCUGACCGAGCUGCGACGCCGGGCCCUGGAGGCGGGUGUCCCGCGCGCGCCGCUGCCGCUCUCCGACGCCUUCCUGCUGCGGUUCCUGCGCGCCCGCGACUUCGACCUGGACCUGGCCUGGCGGUUACUAAAAAACUAUUAUAAAUGGAGAGCAGAAUGCCCAGAAAUAAGUGCAGAUCUACACCCUAGAAGUGUUCUUGGCCUUCUGAAGGCCGGCUACCAUGGAGUCCUGAGAUCCAGGGACCCCACCGGCAGCAAAGUUCUUAUUUACAGAAUCGCACACUGGGACCCAAAAGUUUUUACAGCUUAUGAUGUAUUUCGUGUAAGUCUAAUCACAUCCGAGCUUAUUGUACAGGAGGUAGAAACUCAACGGAAUGGAAUCAAGGCUAUCUUUGAUAUGGAAGGUUGGCAGGUUUCCCAUGCCUUUCAAAUUACCCCAUCUGUAGCCAAGAAGAUUGCUGCGGUACUUACAGAUUCCUUUCCAUUGAAAGUUCGUGGCAUCCAUUUGAUAAAUGAACCAGUACUUUUCCAUGCUGUCUUUUCCAUGAUUAAACCAUUCCUGACUGAAAAAAUUAAAAAUCGGAAGCCACCCAAAUACUCUCUGACAGUUAUGCAGGUGGUCUAUCUGGAAUCAACAGAGGAAUUCUGGGCAGGGUUGUGA